AUGCGCCUGAUUAGCACGAGUACCUACACCCUGCGAGAGUUCAGAGACGGGGAAAUCCCGCGCCAUGCCAUAUUGUCACACGUCUGGGGCGAGGAGGAAGUUACUCUACAGGAUGUCGUAGGCUCCCACGCCACAGGUAAACAGGGCUAUGACAAGCUCCAGGGCUGUUGCUCCGUCGCUGCGGCUAAUGGCUUCGAAUACGCCUGGAUUGACUCUGUUUGCAUCGACAAAACGAGCAGUGCUGAGCUUUCCGAGGCGAUCAACUCGAUGUACUACUGGUAUGAAGAAGCAGAUGUGUGCUAUGCGUACCUGGCCGACGUAACCGCGACAUAUGAGAUGGCUUCCAGCAAAUGGUUUACCCGAGGGUGGACUCUGCAGGAGCUGAUUGCCCCACGGUCCAUGAUUUUCUAUGAUAAGGACUGGCAGGUGCUUGGGACAAAGGAGGAGCUAGGAGAGAUUAUUUCGGCAUGUACCAGAAUACCCAGAAGCAUUCUCUCUGGCGAGGGGGAUCUCAUGUCGCAAAGCAUUGCUCAGCGAAUGUCAUGGGCUUCGCAAAGGAAGACCACCCGGAUCGAGGAUCGCGCCUAUUCUCUUCUUGGCAUCUUUGGCAUCAACAUGUCAUUGAUAUAUGGCGAGAGAGAGAACGCCUUCAUCAGACUUCAAGAGGAGAUCAUGCGCAUCUCGGACGAUCAAACGAUUUUUGCCUGGCGAUCACGGGAUCACCGAGGCGGGUUGCUCGCUACAUCCCCGGAUGCCUUUUCCGAUGGCAUGAACAUCGUUAGAUUUGACAAGGAUGACACUGUCGAUGAGCCUCCCACCAGCAAUAGCCAAGGCAUUCAUCUGCAUGUGAAUUUCUUGGGCGUCAAAGUCCGUGGAGUAGGACUGGCGAUACUCCACUGCUGCGACACCGCCGAUAGAGCGAAGCCGAUCGCCAUCUAUGUCAGAGACCUGGACUUCAAAAUGAAGCGUUUCGAGAGAUUCCAAUCACAUUUGGCUGUACCGAUAGAUAUGGCAUCUUAUUCACCCUCGAGAUUUGCUAUACGGCAUAUCUGUGUCCAGAGGGGCAAUCUCUUACGCCAAAGAAGAGCAAAGGAAGAAUCCUCAUUCGGGGUCGGAGACAUCAGCAAUGAGUCUGCAGAAAUAGCGGUCAAAAGAUUUCCAGGGGCAGGCGGCCUCGUCGAAGCAGCGAGUGCUGGCUACAGUGACGUUGUGUGGCUUUUACUUACUCUCAGUGACAUAGAGGCCGAAAUAAAGGCUGGCAACCUGUCCGAGGUCUUUUGGGCAGCGGCUGAGUAUGGACACGCUAAGGUUCUCGAGAUCCUUGUCGGUAGGAGUCAUUUUCCGAUCAACAAGGUCGCUAAAAAUGACGAAGGGGAGACACUUUUAGUCGGGGCGGUGAGGGGAGGGAGCCUUGAUGCUGUUGAGCUUCUGAUGAACGCGGGCCUUGAGCCAAUAUCGUAUCCUCGCCAGUCAGCGUUGGCGUACGCCGCGAUGAUUGGCCGGGAGGACAUGGUGCGGCUGCUAGUCGAGAGGGGAGCGAAUAUUGGCUCAAUAGAUACCUUCCACAAAACACCCCUCUGCCAUGCUGUGGAGAACGGCCGCACGUCAGUUGUGAGAUUGCUGAUUGAGAUGGGAGCUGCUUCAGCUGAUCACGGGUUUGCUAAGAAAGAUGCGUACUCAAGAACACCGUUAUCAUACGCUUCAGAAAAGGGUUACGUCGAGAUUGCUCGUAUGCUUUUACGCAACAAGGAAGCUUUGGAAAUAUCCAAUCAAGGUUUGCGAACGCCGUUAUCAUUCGCUGCAGAGAAAGGAAAUGACUCCGUUGUGAAGUGUCUUUUGGACAGCGGCGCUGACCCCCUGAGCCGUGAUGUAGCAGGCAGAUCGCCCCUCCAUUUUGCUGUGAGGGAUGGCCAUGAAGGCGUCGUAAAAUUGUUGAUCGAGAGGAGUGUCACCACCCUUAAGAUCGAGGACGGGGGUGGCAAAACACCCUUCUUCUAUGCUGCCAAAAGAGGCAGCCUUGGCCUUGCUCAGCUUCUGGUGGACAUGGGUGCCAGUAUAAAGACAAAGGACCGACUUGGGAAAACGCCUUUGUCUUAUGCUGUGGAGGCAAAUGAUACUGAAACGGCCCAAUUUCUGAUCGAAAACGGAGCAAUCAUUUCUGAUGAGCCUCGAGAGGUGCGCAAAGCAUAUCAGAAUAUUUCCAAUAGACACGAUACUGUAACUCCUCAUAAACGAACUUCAUCAAAGCGGUUCGGGAUAAUCUAG